CUGUCCCUGCUCCUCGUGGACGGUUGGGAGGCUUGAACAUUUUCAAAGUACAUAAAGGAGGAAAAGACAUCAGUCUUCUCCCUACAUUUCAGGGGGAAAAAAAGAAGGAAGCCCGGAGCAUCCAUCAGUAGUGAUUUACCCCCCCCUUCCUUUCCAGCCUCCAACCCCCUCCCUCUCUCUUCAAAGCUGUUGUUACCGCACGGCCUCUGCACAUUAUUCCACAGUGAUGAAAACUAAAUGAGGAUGGCUUUAUGCAGCUGAUGGAGAUGCUGUUUGAAGGAUGUAGCAUGAAAACAUAUGUUCAGAAUCUUUUCGUAGCGGGUCUGGAUUUCCAUUGCUUACGCUGGGACACACCAGUUGUUCAGACAUGCACAAAUCCUGACAAGAGGGAUAUUCUACCUUCCUCUUGCUUCACCCUGCUUUGCUUUUGAGAAAUUUAGACCAUGAAUCUGGAGUAAAAAUAACAGAAUAAAAAGAGACCACAGCCUGCUGCACGUAUGGAUGUGUUUAGCUUUGUGAAGAUAGCAAAGCUGUCAGGCCACAGGACAAAAUCGUCUGGCUGGCCCCCACCUUCAGGGACCUGGAGCUCCUCGCAAGGACCCCCCUAUGGAUGGGAGAUGGCGACAAAUAGAGAAGGCAGAGACUGUUACAUCAAUCACGUGACUCAGACAGGCUCAUUCGAAGACAUUCGUCUGGAAGGCCACCAGCCUGUCCCCCCAGCCCCUCGCAAGGUGGAGAUGAGACGUGACCCUGUCUUGGGAUUUGGGUUUGUGGCAGGCAGCGAGAAACCUGUGGUAGUCCGUUCUGUCACACCAGGGGGUCCGUCAGAAGGCAAACUUAUUCCUGGAGACCAGAUCAUAAUGAUAAAUGAUGAGCCUGUUAGUACAGCUCCUAGGGAGAGAGUCAUUGACCUUGUCAGAAGCUGCAAGGAAUCGAUUGUGUUGACAGUGGUUCAGCCUUACCCAUCUCCCAAAUCUGCUUUCAUCAGUGCUGCAAAAAAGGCCAGGUUAAAGUCAAAUCCAGUCAAAGUGCGCUUCUCUGAGGAGGUCAUUAUAAACGGUCAGGUUCCAGACACUGUCAAGGAUAAUUCUCUUCUUUUCAUGCCAAAUGUUCUGAAGGUGUAUCUUGAGAAUGGACAGACUAAGUCUUUCAGAUUUGACAACAACACUUCAAUCAAGGACGUUAUAUUGACUCUGCAAGAGAAGUUGUCCAUCAAGUGUAUUGAACAUUUUUCUCUGAUGUUAGAGCAACGGACUGAAGGGUCUGGCAGCAAACUUCUUUUACUUCAUGAGCAAGAAAUGUUAACCCAGGUGACACAAAGGCCAGGGUCACACAAAAUGAAAUGCUUUUUCAGAAUUAGCUUUGUUCCUAAAGACCCAAUUGACUUGCUCAGAAGAGAUGCUGUGGCAUUUGAGUAUCUAUAUGUCCAGAGCUGUAAUGAUGUGGUACAGGAGAGAUUUGGCUCGGAGCUGAAGUAUGACACUGCAUUAAGGCUUGCCGCUCUACAGAUGUACAUUUUAACAAUCACCACCAAGCAGACGCAGAAGGUCUCCCUCAAGUACAUUGAGAAAGAGUGGGGAUGGGCCAAUUUCCUCCCUCCAGCAGUCUUAUCCAGUAUGAAGGAGAAGAACAUAAAAAAAGCACUCACCCACAUUCUGAAAACGAAUCAAAAUUUAGUUCCUCCAGGCAAGAAGUUAUCUGCUCUGCAAGCAAAGGUCCAUUACCUGAAGUAUUUGAGCGAUUUACGCUUGUAUGGAGGAAGGGUGUUCAAAUCAACACUAGUGCAAGGUGAAAAACACACAGAAGUGACUUUGCUCGUGGGCCCUAGAUAUGGAAUAAGUCACGUGAUCAACACCAAAACCAACCUGGUAGCCCUCUUGGCAGAUUUCAGCCAUGUUAACAAAAUAGAAAUGUUCACAGAAGAUGAAACAAAUGUCCGAGUUGAGCUUCACGUGUUGGAUGUGAAGCCUAUCACCCUUCUCAUGGAAUCCAGUAAUGCCAUGAAUCUUGCGUGUUUGACAGCUGGGUACUAUAGGCUGCUGGUUGACUCAAGACGCUCCAUCUUUAACAUGGCAAGCAGCAAGAAUGCAGGUGCAGUGGAAGCAGGCCAGGAUCACAAGGGGAAGUUUAACUUCCACGCUGCUGAAUGGACUUACAGCACGUCCUUUACCACAGGAGAAGACCCCAAUGUUCAAAUAUGUAUUAAAGACACAAAGGACAAAGACUCUGAAUACACAGAGAGUGUAGAACACGAAAAAGAUGUCACUCCCAUUUAUAUCACUGAGGUUCUGAACUGUGGAUACAGUCCAAAAACAGUGGACAUUCCUGGGGAAGGCAUCGAAAUUGGGAGUGAAAGCAAACACGCACAAUCAUUUCUAUCUGUGCCAGGAAAUAAAGCGCAGGACUCUCCAAGAAGCGCCAAGGUGUCCUUUAUAUUUGGAGAUCAUAAUUUAGAAAGCAUAAACCCCCAAAACCUGGGAUAUGAAAGACUCAUGGAUGAAAGCCCAGAAAUGUUAGAUGAAAGAUCGAUGUUUCUGCAAAACGAUGAUGACUUUAAAAGCAUGGAUGCAUCCGCAGAUGCUGAGGCAUUUCAAUAUGCUCCCCAUGCAGUUUACGCAAACAUUAAUGAAGCUAAAAUAUUUGGAAACACAGAAGGCAUUGAGGAGCCCCUUCUGCGCGAUAUCUGCUACGCAGAAAACACGGAUGAUGCAGAGGAUGAAGAUGACGCAAGCUGUGAGGAGGACAUUGUGGUUGGAGAAAUGGAUAAGACUAUGCUCCUUAAGCUUUCGGGCUCUAGCGAUGACAUUAUUGACCUGACCUCGCUGCCCCCACCAGAGGGUGAUGAUGAUGAAGAUAAUGACUUUCUUCUCCACUCCCUCAAUCUAGCCAUCGCUGCACCUCCGCCAGGUUUCAGGGACAGCUCUGACGAAGAAGAGUUACAGAGAAGCACAGACGAUAAAGGCCAAAGCAACACUGAUGACAUUCCUGUGUCACUGAUUGAUGCUGUCCCCACACAGACGGAAAGCAGCACUGAGAAAGCUCUGGAUGAUGCUGUCGUUUCUACUUUACAAGCACUGGAGGCCUUGGCUGCAUCGGAAGACCAGAAUGUUCCACAGUCAGACGAUAGUUCAGGUGUAGCAAUAUCACGGGCCUAUAGUCCCGAGUCAUCUUCAGAUUCUGGAAAUGAAACAAACUCUUCUGAAAUGACUGAAAACUCCGAGCUGGCCGCAGCACAGAAGCUCUCCGAAAACUCCAUGCGUCUGUUCGUUGCUACUGCUGAAGGGUACCAGACACUUGUGGAAGAGAAAACUGAAUUCCCCAUCUCUCCUUGUGAAGGUGACUCAACUGCAAAGACAGCACUACAGAGUCAUCAGGAAGCAGACCCGCAGACCAAAGCUGUGCCUUCCAAACAGAUCCUUCAUUCAGAUGACAUUGAAAUGGAGCCAGAGACAAUGGAAACCAAAUCAGUCACAGAUUACUUCAGUAAAGUGCACAUGGGGACACUUGUGUAUUCCUGUACGAACAAGAGAAAAGUUAAACAAGCAGACACUGAUGCCAGAAUACAAUUUGAAACUAAUACUACCAUUAAAAGACAGCAGGCAAAGAAGGCAGAUUCUAUUAAUGAAGAACCAAACUUGGUUGCAAAAUACAAUACUUUCACCACCAGAGAAGCUCAGCGUCUGAGCCACUAUGAUCUCGAGCGAACAUCAUUUCGUGAAAAAAGUCAAAGGUGGCACCAUGUUUCUGAAAAUAAGCUGGGAGAAAAACAUAUCCCUGGGGUAACUGCUGGCAAAAACCUGAUGAAAGGCUCUAAUGCUUGUCGGACUGAAUUUGAGGGAAAGGCAGCUGAACCAGACGGAGAUGACCACAGUACAUCAGGGUUGGGGCGCGAAGAAAGCUUUCAAUCAGAUGCCACCUACAUCUCCUCAGCCAAAGAGCCUAACGAUUCUGAACAAACAAACUUCUCCGCAGAUGAGCAGCAGCUGAAGCACCCGCCGCCAGAGCAGAAUGUCUCCCGCCUUUGUGAAUACCACUUGGCAAAAAGGAUGUCCUCUCUGCAAAGUGAAGGUCAUUAUUCACUCCAGAGCUCACAAUGUUCAUCCCUUGAUGCGGGUUGCAGCACCGGGAGCAGCAGCUCUGCAACCCCUCUGGAUUCCCCUCUUUGCACCUCUGAGAACAAGCACAUGCUUACAGACUCUUCCCUGAAAAGUCUAGGUUAUGUGGCAGCUGAGGAAAAAAUCCAUUCAACUCCGAGCCACGGGCCUCAGAGCAAGGACCUCCAUCAAGGCGAAGGGACAUUCCACAGGAAGACACUGUCUAAUUUGCAUGCAGCAUCUGGUUCUGAACCAAUUUUUGGUACCUUACGAGACGGGUGUCAUCGGAUGCCCAAGAUUAAAGAAACCACAGCUUGCACAGAGCUCGAGAAGGCAAGAAGAGGAGGCAUGACUCCAGCUUAUUCUAAACAGGUCAAAGCCAACGCCAUUCCACUGCCAUCAAAUAUUUGCACAGAUUCUAAUGUGCCAAACCAGGAGACCACUCACAUCCCUAAACAAAACCAUGUCAAAGCAGCACCCUUAAACUCAAGACCCUGUGAUCUUAGUUCAGGGAGCAUCAAGUAUCCCCAAAAAAGUAAAAUGCUGAGGAGAAGCAGUAGCAGUGUGACUGCACGAACUGGGAGCAUUGAAACGCUCUUUGAAAAAACCAAGGCCACAAUAGGUGGCAAGUGCUUGCAAUCUCCUGAAUCUCCCGAGUCCAAUUCACAAAAAAGAGCUGACCAGCCUGCAGGUAAGAAGCUGUCCAAAAGUUAUUCUCAGGGCUCUGUCGCCACACACUCCACCAGCUGGCCCACUGCGAGUGGCAACAAGGAGAGCAGGAGGGCUUCAGUUGUGCUUCCAGUGCCCAAGGACUCAAAGCAGUUCAGGACUUUGCCAAAACUGGACACAAGCACCUGGAAGUGCCGAGGUCCCUUCAGCUACUGUUUCCUCAAAAAAGGAAACAAUGCUGAGGAGGAUGAAGAAGACGGAGAUAAGCUCUCAAGACUUUACACUUCACAGUUGCCUACAGAGUCGCAGGGGUCAACGGGACUUUUGUCUCCUACUGACAUCAAAGGAGAAACACUGGACCUGCCAAAUGCCGCUGCCCUGAAUGCUUCCACCAUGAAUCUUACCUCAGAAAGGCUAAAUAUGGUCGCUAAUCUGAAUGACAUGGACUUUAGUGCUCGAAUUGCCAGGAUUAAUACUCUGAAAGAUAAGGUAUAUUCUUUCCCAACUGGGUUUUCAGCUGCACAAAGGGAUGCAAGCGAAUUGAUUGCUUUAGUACGUUCAAGCGUGGGUAAGAGAGAGAACAUGCAGCCCGAGGUCCAUGAAAACGUGCUUUCCCAGUACAAGCAACUGCUGUCCAUCGAGUCCAAGGAGCUUGGGAGUGCCUGCAGGAAAAUAGCAACAGCAGACAAAAGUGCAGAAGAAAUGCUUUUGGCAAUGACAUCUAGUUUCCAAGUGCUCUGUUCCCUAACAGAAGCCUGCAUGUGUUUAGUGAAAGGAAUGAGUGCAGAGACUCAACAACGGGAAGUCGUAUCUAAAAUAGAUGAAGUCGUCAUGAACUAUAUUUGUCUACUAAAAGCAGCGGAGGCAGUGUCAAGCACCCCUCCUAGUGACAGCAGCGUGAAAGCAUUAGUACGACAUUCGACUUCCAUGUCCGCUAUUGUAAGCACACUAACACGGUCACUUAAAACACUUCUUAACAAAUGAGUACUAUCCUUCUCUUCUAAUGUACUUUUGCAAAGCCAUACAUAGAAAUGUGGGAUCCCCACUGUGUGAACUGAUGUAACAAACUUUACCCUCUGUACAGUUUGUUUUAUAUGUAAAAAAUAAGAGAUUAUGUACAACACUAUAGAAAUUUGGAUAUAUGAUGAGGGCAUUGCUCCCUUCAGAGCGCAAACUGAAAUCGGAAGAAGGUGAAAAAUUGUCUUGUUUAUCGCUUCUACAUUACAAUUCUAUUACCUGCAAUGUCAAAAACAAAAUAAAAAAAUCUAAUAGGAUUUACCUAGCAGAUGGUACUGCACUAUUUAAGCAUAUAAUAUUGCUGCGCAUUGUACAUUUUCCAUUUAUUCAAGGUUUUAAAUCAUGAUUUUUAACCAAAUGAAAAUUAUAUAAAUAUUAUAUAUAUAUAAAUAUGGCACUCAAACUUGGACUAUAAUAAAUUAUUAGAAAUAUAUAAUAAACAUUUUAUUCAUUAUAAAGUUGUUUUUAAUAUUGUUUCUUUUUCCCAAUGUUCAAAAAACUAGUUAAUUUAAGACUUGUUAACAACUUAAUUAGAAAGAGACACUACAUUUUUUCCUAAUGUUUUUUUUCUAAUGCUGGUUACCUCAAUUAUACCAUUAACCAGAGCAACAAAAGAAAUCCCAAGUUUACUAAUUUACACCCAAAGCCCACACAUAAAAGUGCCCCAAAAUUCCUGUACCUUUUACAGACCAUGUUUUUCACCAUUAUUUAAACACAUUAAAAUACUUAAAAAUUGCA